UUAACUAAAAUUGUCUGACUGGUUUAUUCGGGUCUUGUGAUCAUGUCGGCGGUAAUCCAAAGCAGAAUCCAAUACACUUUUGCGAACGACCAACUUCUUUCUUCUGCACUAAAAUCAGCUCACAGAGACAAGGAUGGCGAUGCCAUUGAUGACGGGAACAGGGGUUUGGCUCACUAUGGAAAUCUGGCAAUGCAAAUGGCAGAAGCACAUGAAGCGAUUGUCGAGAACGGCAAGACACUGCACGACAUCCAUACUCGGAAUCACUGGUCUCAGUCUAAGAAGGGCCGAGCACAAGCGUGUAGGUCGUUAGGCAUUGAGCCUUUUAUUGAACAAAGCAUCCGGCAACGGCACCAAUCACCUUCUGAUACUGUGCUUGAUCAUGCCCUCAGCGCUCUGCUUGGAGCAGUUUGGCUUGACUGCGAACGCCAGAACCAAACCACAGCAGCAACACGUGGAACGAUCUUGAACGUCUUACGAAGCAUAGAUGCGAUCGUAGACGUUCAAUCAUCGUCAAAAGGAUCCGAGACGCAGCCUCUCAAGUCAACGAGUAAUCAGUCUCGUGUAACGACCGACCACUCUGAACCGCAAUAUAGCAACCUAGACUUGAGUUUUGGACAAGAGCUGGGAAGUAUAGAUGAGUUUAUCAAUGAUUGGUUCCAACAGGAAUUUGGUGGAAUCUCCCAGACGAUACUCGAUUCCGGAGCUGUUGGUGAAGAUCUGCGAGACUUUACUGUUGAGGCCGAGGGACGUUUGUCUCCCAGAGACAAUCUGACAAACGAUCCGAGUGAACUAGUCCCAAUCACAAGUAUCCCAAGACUGGAUAGCCAGGUCCCGGUGGUGAGACAGCAGCAAAGUGACUAUGAUAACGAGCUGUACGACACACAGAGGGAUAAUUUGCGCCUUUCUGAGCCGCAGAAUAGGAAAUGGAUGCCCGACAAAGACACCAAAUUGAUCUCGGCAUAUCGCAGCUUUCUACAAUCGGAGCUGCAAAAGCUGACGAAAAUCCCGCAACAUAAUAGACAAGGAUUAGCUAGAUAUCUAGAACAUCGUAAACUCGAUAGAAUGGAGACAGGAACUACGAUCCUGCCCCAAUUUCUUUAUCUGGCAAUCGGUAGCUGGCAGACCAUCAGCGACUACAGGGACCUGCUUCGACGGGCGAGGUGUACUUCCAACGUUCUCAGACACCCGAACGUUCUUGCAUGGAGCGCUGCUGAUACUUACAAUGAGAUCUGCCGCUUGGAUCAAGAGGAAGCGUUGACUGUCUUGCUCAGAAGAUAUCAUACCAUCAAACUGUGUGCAGAAAAUCAGCCAUACGAUGACGAUUACGGUCGCAUUAUCGUACAGACUCCCGAUACAGUGGGUUUGGUCGAGACAGCAAUUGCAGGUAAUCCUAUUUACGUACGAGACGCCCGUCUGACAGACCAGCUGGUAUUGAAAAUCUUGCCAGACACACAGCCUGGAUCAGCUGAGUUUAUUAAGGCGCGUCGUAGAGUCAAGCGUCUUCGAAAGUUGGCAAGGUACCUUAGUGGCUUGGUUCAAACCUAUGGUUUUGGGAUACUUGCGCUCCUUCCUUCGGGGCCAUCAUUCGGAGAACUGUCUUUGACCGAUACUACGUUGACAUCAAUAACCGAGAAAAGCUUCGAUACUCUCGCGCAACUUCUCUACCAGGAACAGGGCGCACUGCUCCAAAAUCUUAGCAGAGCGAUUGAACCCUCUUUGCUAGCUCUAGUUCAAGGUGGGCUAGAGUGUCAUACGACAUAUCUUGCCGAAAGAGUAGAUCCGUCACUUCUCAUUGAUUUACCCAAGGGUCUGUUGCACUUGGAAUGGAACUGUUCAGAUCUGGAAAGUUAG